GGUGUUCUGGAAGUGGCUAUUCCCGUUUUGGACGACAGUUUUUUAGCAAGUAUAGCCUCAAUGAUGAGAGACGAAGAAAAUGCAGCUUUCCUUCGGGUCAAGGCCAAAGAGAUAAUUUUCUCGGGGACCGAAACAAAAUUCCUCUCGAAACUGAUAAAUUUCCUGGGCACUUCUUUGGGAGAAACUUUGUCAGAAAUGCUGCCACCUUUGCCAACAGAUGUCCUCGUGUCAUUGGGUCCUCGGACAACAGGAUUUGCUUAUUAUCCAAAAAAUGCCACAGCAGAGGGGCCCUUCACAGUUUACACUGGCAAGGACGGCUUCGACAAGUACCAAGACUUCAAGACAUUCAUGAACCAAACUCACCUGCAGUACUGGAACGAUAAAAACGGUACUAGACCG